AUGUUUUUAUUUAAAGCUUUAAACAUAAAUGACAGUGUCAAAAAUGCUGUUACUUGGAUUCAAAACAUUACCAUAAUGUUACUUCAUUCGAGGGCAUUUUCAUGUGUUAUUGCUUGUCGACGAUUUUUAAAAAUUUCUUCUAUCAGUCGAAGCGAUAAUAGUGCAGUGCAAGUUGAUGAAGUGAUUGAUAUGGAGUACUUUUUUCUCAAGCGCAAACCACAUACUGUCGUAUGCACUAAUGGUGUGGUCGCUUGCUGGCAUCCUGAGCCAAAAUUUCCUUAUGAACAUACUCGGCCUAUUGAUCCAGCUAUUUGGCAGUCCAAGAACUUGGUGUCUGGUCCGAUAAAACAAGAAUUCUUGCGAAAUUACAAUACCAGACGAUUUAAAAGAGGGCCUCCUGAUUUUGAUUUACAAAAUAUUUUUUAUUCAUGGAAGCUUGAUUUUUUGCCAAGAAAGCAUUCCGAUUGCAAAUUUUGGGUUGCAAAGCCAUUGGUAAUGGUGCGCUUCACUUCGUUCAUAAGCUCUUUUCAUGUUGAUGCAUUCUGGCUUGGUCGAAUUUCUUACGCCGAUGGAAUUAAUUUACAAAGAAAAUUUGUUGAAAAAUUGCAAAUUCAACGUGCAUGCAAAGGAAAAUCGGCGAGUUUUAAAGGUUAUCUACUUUUACUUGAGCAUAAUCCAGUUUAUACCGUCGGAUUAAGGGAGCACUUUUAUUCAAAAGAAGAAGAAAACCGUCUACGGCAGUUGGGCGCAGAUUUCUUCAGGACAAACCGUGGUGGACUAAUUACUUUUCAUGGGCCAGGACAAUUGGUUGCAUAUCCAGUAAUGGAUCUUUUAGCACUGUCUAUUAAUGAUGACCAAAAAACUUCUAAAGUUGGUGUGCGUCGAUUUGUACAUUUAAUCGAAGAGGUUAUUAUUCGUACUGUUCGAAGUUUUGGUCUAACAGGUGCAGAUAGGUCGUCCAAUACAGGUGUUUGGUUGAAAGGAGGUUCACGGAAAGUUGCCGCGAUCGGUAUUAAUAUUCAUCGAGGAUAUACUAGUCAUGGAUUAGCUCUUAACUGUAAUGUUGAUUUACAGUGGUUUCGUCAUAUUGUGCCAUGUGGCUUACGUGAUAAAGAAGUAACGUCGUUAUCGAAAGAACUGAAUCGUAAUGUGGAAAUUGGUGAGACUAUAAAACCAUUAUGUGAUCAAUUUUCCGAAAUUUUUCAAUGUAGCAUUUCUUAUUCGUCAGAAGACGAGACUUUUAAAAACAUUCUCGCCAGAAACGCCAAUAAGUUGAUUCCAUCCAUUUGCUAUUUGUUUAUUGUAUUGUUUACGAAAUGCGAUUUUGUGGAUUUAUUUGGUAAAAUUUUGUCAGAUACAAAAGAUACACAAAACCUUCGUCAUGUUAACUGGUUUGUUUAUGAUGGAUAA